CCAACGUCUUCUACCAUCUAUUAUUUUAAUUAUCUUCCGUAGUUGGGAUCCCUUCCUCCCAUAAGAGGGUGAGAGAAACAUGCUAAUGCUUAGCGGAAAAGCACACCUCUUAUUCUGUCUUAUAUUCAUAUACCUAAUUAAUUUUCUCAUCAAAGCCCAACCGCCAUACCCAUUCAUAAAGUGUCAAAACGAUACAACCUAUGCCCCCAACAGCAACUACAGUAGAAAUCUUGAUGCCGUUUUGGUGUCUCUCCAGCCCACCAACUCAGACUACGGUUUUUUGAACUCUUCAGCCGGUGAAGGAAGCCAUAUAGCCAACGCGAUUUUCCUUUGCCGUGGCGACGUUGAGCUAAACAUGUGUAUAGGUUGUUUGAGGGAGUCUAAGUUGGUGUUAAGAUUACUUUGUCCUAACCAAACAGAAGCUGUGAUAUAUUAUGAAUUUUGUUUGUUGAAGUACUCUAGUGCCCCUAUACUGGGGAAUAAUGAUAUGAUGAAAGAUCUUUCCUACACGAACAACUUUAAUAACGCCGCUAAUAAGGAGCAAUUCGAUGGGAUUCUCCUACCCUUUAUGAACAAGUUGCAAGGCGAAGCGGCUGCUGGGGGUUCAUCGCUCAAGUUUGCAAUGGAGGACACAAAUGCGCCUAAUUCUACAAGACUUUACGGCCUUGCGCAGUGUAUUCCAAGUUUAUCGCAGUCGCAGUGCAAUGAUUGUUUGCAAUUCGCGAUUGAUCAAUUCCCAUCCUGCUGUAACGGGAAACUUGGUGGAGUAGUUCUUAUGGCACGUUGUAAUGUCAGGUAUGAGACUUACGAAUUUUACAUCAACCCAAGAAUUCCCUCGCCACCAUCUCCGCCUGUUCCAUCACCACCAGGAAAAAAGACUAACCAAAGUCGGACUGCAAUCUUUGUCAUUAUUCCAACUGUUAUAGCAAUACUCAUUGCUUCCAUCUGCAUUUUCAUUAUAUUGAGGAGGAAGAAAACUCUGGCCAAAAAAGAUGAUAGAAUGGAUAUAAGCACUAUCGAAUCACUUCAAUACCACUUUGGAACAAUAAAAGAAGCUACCAAUGACUUUUCUGAGAGAAAUAAGCUUGGAGAAGGUGGAUUUGGGUCAGUGUAUAAGGGUCUUCUUCAAAGUGGACAAGAUAUAGCAGUGAAGAGGUUGUCAAAGGAUUCAGGACAAGGUGAAACUGAAUUCAAGAAUGAGGUCAUGCUUGUUGCAAAGUUGCAACAUCGUAAUUUGGUUAGGCUCCUUGGUUUUAGCUUAGAAGGAACCGAAAGGCUUCUUGUAUACGAGUUCAUGCCAAAUGCAAGCCUUGAUCAUUUUAUAUUUGAUCCAACUAAGUGUGCACUCAUUGAUUGGAAUAGACGUAAUAAAAUUAUAAAAGGAGUUGCCCGUGGUCUUGUUUACCUUCAUGAAGACUCACGCUUGAAGAUAAUCCAUCGUGAUAUGAAAGCGAGUAAUGUUUUGUUAGAUGAAGAAAUGAACCCAAAAAUUGCAGAUUUUGGUAUGGCAAGGUUGUUUAACCUCCAAGAAACUCAUGGAUGCACAAAUCGAAUUGUUGGGACUUAUGGUUAUAUGCCUCCAGAGUAUGUCAUGCAUGGACAAUUUUCAGUGAAGUCAGAUGUUUUCAGCUUUGGAGUGUUAGUGCUUGAAAUAAUAACGGGUCAAAAGAAUCAACACUUUAUGAUUAAGGAUAAAACAGAACUCCUUCUUAGCUAUGCAUGGAAAAGUUGGCGAUAUGGCACUACCUCAGAUAUGAUAGAUCCUGCAUUGUUGGUCGACUCCAGUUCAUUACAAGAAAUAAUUAGAACCAUCCAUAUUGGUUUGCUAUGUGUUCAAAGUAAUGCUGUUGAAAGGCCAACCAUGGCUUCAGUUGUUCUUAUGCUUAAUAGCUCAUCUUUUACUCUCCAAAUACCAUCUGAGCCAGCAUUUUUCAUGAAUAGUUUUGCAGCAACAACAAGUGGCUCAGAAAACUACAAUCAAAUAUCUUCUCACUCUUCAAGAAAAGAUGAUUCAAUAUCUAAUAUUGUUGCACGAUAGUCUUGUUACCUAUUUAGUCUUGUAACGAGCCAUCAUUCUCAAGUGUUACUUUCAUGAUGAAUUAGAAUAUUUUAUAUGUAAUACACGUACACAUAUUCUUGUCAUAUGUAUUAAACGAUAUAUGAUGAUAUUUAUGAAAUUAAAGAGUCAUAUAAGUCAA